CCUUCAGCAACCUGGGGGACGGUUCCCAAGGGGGCGGGGCCCAGUUCGUUCGAGGCAUUCUCAUCCGGGCAUUCACCAGAUGCCUCAGCCGCCAUCUUUGUUUUGUGCUGAAAGUUGCUAUUGACGCCCGUGGACGGCCGGGCGAGGGGAAGUGGCAAGAUGGCGGCUCCCAGGGCGGAGGCGUGAGGGCUCAAUGGGGGGGCUGGGCCGCGGGGCUGGGCGCGCUUGCGCCUGACCCGAGGACGUCCUGAGCCCAAGCUCAACGCGCGGCGGACCUGGGCCCUCGCCGCGGGGCAGCGCAGGGAUCCUUUAAGAGGCCUCGGCUCACGGAGAAGCCGUGCGAGGGCGGGGGCGGUGGGGGGGAGAUGAUGACGUAGUCCGGCUCCGCCCCCUCGCCCGACCGCCGCUGCCGCCAUGUUUAGUUGUUACUUCUUCACACAAGAUGGCGGCUCCCAGGGAGGAGGCAUGAGCGCCCUGCCGUUACCGCUCCUCCUGCCGUACAGUUGCCACUUCGGGGCCUAACUCUGGCUCUUUGGAGCGGCUCCUGUGGGAAGGAGUAAUAAGGACGGAAGCGAGGACCGGACACUGCCUUGCGUUUGGUUUGCAGUGGAAGAACUGACCCAGGAGGAAGAGAAUAGGGGGGAAGGGGGAGUUAGUCUCAAGAUGGCGGCUCCCAGGGCGGCAGGCGCAGUCUGAGCAGCAGAGGCGGACUCGGGAGAGAGGUUCGAGACCUCACGAGCUGUACGGCGCGAGUCUCCGAGCAGCCCCCGAGAAUUCGAGUUCGUUCCACCGGCCUCCGGCGCGCCUCUGUCCCUUACGAGUGUCGAGGCUGUUUCGGGAGCGGCGGCUGCACUAAGCGCUGGGCGGGGAAGCGGGACGGUCUCAAGAUGGCGGCUCCCACAAUUGUGGUGUGAGCGCCGGCGGGGCAGAGACAACCGCGGUGCUUGUGGCUCCUUUCCACCCGCCCCGGAAGCCGGCCAGUGCAGGGGACUUGGGGGGUGUGGGAACCGGGCCGGGGCUCCGCCAUUUCCGGCGGGGGAGGGCUACGACUGAGGAAGGGAGGAGAGAGAGGCGGCUCAAGAUGGCGGCUCCCAGGGCCUCCCGCCCGAGCUUGUAAGCGGGAGAGUCCGAGGGAGUAGUCGGGGCGGCGGGACUUGGCGGCCUCCAGCUUCUCGGGGCUAGGCGCUCGAAAGUUUCGGGAGGCUCUUGAAGAGACGGGGUGAGCUAGAAGAAGGGGAAGAGCCGAAGGGAAGGAGGGUAGUUAAGAUGGCGGCCUCCAUGGAGCCGUCCACCGCUGUGUGAGGAACCGCUUCUCCGUGAGAGCUACCUUAGACGAAAGGGGGUGUGUGUGGGAGGAAUUGGGGGGCUCCCUUCUCGUUUGGUGACUUUUUCUCACUACGGCCUUUCCCGGAACUAUGGCUUCGGCCGUGUCGCCCGCCAACUCGCCAGCGGUGCUUCUGCAGCCCCGCUGGAAGCGAGUGGUGGGCUGGUCGGGUCCAGUGCCCCGGCCGCGCCACGGCCACCGAGCCGUGGCCAUCAAGGAACUCAUCGUGGUGUUUGGCGGCGGCAACGAGGGGAUAGUGGACGAACUGCACGUGUACAACACGGCGACUAACCAGUGGUUCAUCCCAGCCGUGAGAGGGGACAUUCCCCCCGGGUGCGCAGCCUAUGGCUUCGUGUGCGAUGGGACGCGCCUGCUGGUGUUCGGCGGGAUGGUGGAGUACGGGAAGUACAGCAACGACCUCUAUGAGCUGCAGGCAAGCCGAUGGGAAUGGAAGAGACUCAAAGCAAAAACGCCCAAAAACGGCCCGCCCCCAUGUCCUCGGCUCGGGCACAGCUUCUCCCUUGUGGGCAAUAAGUGCUACCUGUUUGGGGGCCUGGCCAAUGACAGCGAGGACCCCAAGAACAACAUUCCGAGGUACCUGAACGACUUGUACAUCCUGGAACUACGGCCAGGCUCCGGCGUGGUGGCCUGGGACAUCCCCAUCACGUAUGGUGUCCUGCCUCCCCCCCGGGAGUCACACACUGCUGUGGUCUACACUGAGAAGGACAAUAAGAAGUCCAAGCUCGUGAUCUAUGGAGGGAUGAGCGGCUGCAGACUGGGGGACCUCUGGACCCUGGACAUCGACACUCUGACGUGGAACAAGCCCAGUCUCAGCGGGGUGGCCCCUCUCCCUCGGAGCCUUCACUCAGCCACGACCAUUGGAAACAAAAUGUACGUGUUUGGUGGCUGGGUGCCUCUCGUCAUGGAUGACGUCAAAGUGGCCACACACGAGAAGGAGUGGAAGUGUACCAACACACUGGCUUGCCUCAACCUGGAUACCAUGGCCUGGGAGACCAUCCUGAUGGACACGCUGGAGGACAAUAUCCCUCGGGCCCGAGCUGGCCAUUGUGCCGUGGCCAUCAACACCCGCCUGUACAUAUGGAGUGGGCGCGAUGGCUACCGAAAGGCCUGGAACAACCAGGUCUGCUGUAAGGACCUCUGGUACCUGGAGACAGAAAAGCCACCACCCCCGGCCCGGGUACAGCUGGUACGAGCCAACACGAACUCCCUGGAGGUGAGCUGGGGGGCAGUGGCGACAGCCGACAGUUACCUUCUGCAGCUCCAGAAAUAUGACAUUCCUGCCACGGCUGCUACCGCCACCUCCCCCACACCCAAUCCAGUCCCGUCUGUGCCUGCCAACCCUCCCAAGAGCCCUGCCCCCGCAGCAGCCGCACCUGCCGUGCAGCCGCUGACCCAAGUAGGCAUCACGCUCCUGCCCCAGGCUGCCAGCGCGCCCCCAACCACCACCACCAUCCAGGUCUUGCCGACGGUGCCUGGCAGCUCCAUCUCCGUGCCCGCCGCAGCCAGGACUCCAGGUGUGCCUGCUGUUCUCAAAGUCACCGGUCCUCAGGCAACAACAGGAACCCCAUUGGUCACCAUGCGACCUGCCAGCCAGGCUGGGAAAGCCCCCGUCACCGUGACCUCCCUUCCCGCAGGCGUGCGAAUGGUUGUGCCAACUCAGAGUGCCCAGGGGACGGUGAUCGGCAGCAGCCCCCAGAUGAGCGGCAUGGCUGCGCUGGCAGCCGCUGCCGCCGCCACACAGAAGAUCCCUCCUUCCUCAGCGCCCACAGUGCUGAGCGUCCCGGCAGGCACCACCAUUGUCAAGACUGUGGCCGUGACACCUGGCACCACCACCCUUCCGGCCACUGUAAAGGUGGCCUCCUCGCCAGUCAUGGUGAGCAACCCCGCCACCCGGAUGCUGAAGACUGCAGCCGCGCAGGUGGGAACGUCAGUCUCUUCCGCUGCCAACACAUCCACCCGCCCCAUCAUCACGGUCCACAAGUCAGGGACUGUGACAGUGGCCCAGCAAGCCCAGGUGGUGACCACCGUGGUGGGUGGAGUCACCAAGACCAUCACCCUGGUGAAGAGCCCCAUCUCCGUCCCUGGAGGCAGCGCUCUAAUUUCCAACCUUGGCAAAGUGAUGUCAGUGGUUCAGACCAAACCGGUUCAGACCUCGGCAGUCACAGGCCAGGCAUCUACGGGCCCAGUGACUCAGAUCAUCCAGACCAAAGGGCCGCUGCCAGCCGGGACCAUCCUGAAGCUGGUGACCUCAGCAGACGGCAAGCCCACCACCAUCAUCACUACCACACAGGCCAGCGGGGCAGGGACUAAGCCCACCAUCCUGGGCAUCAGCAGCGUGUCCCCGAGCACCACCAAGCCUGGCACAACCACCAUCAUCAAGACCAUCCCCAUGUCGGCCAUCAUCACGCAGGCUGGCGCCACAGGUGUGACCAGCAGUCCUGGCAUCAAGUCCCCCAUCACCAUCAUCACCACCAAAGUGAUGACUUCAGGAACUGGAGCACCGGCCAAAAUCAUCACCGCUGUCCCUAAGAUCGCCACUGGGCACGGACAGCAAGGAGUGACUCAGGUGGUGCUGAAAGGGGCCCCUGGACAGCCGGGCACCAUUCUCCGCACCGUGCCCAUGGGGGGGGUCCGCCUGGUCACUCCUGUCACAGUCUCUGCCGUCAAGCCAGCUGUCACCACGUUAGUUGUGAAGGGCACCACAGGCGUCACAACCCUUGGCACAGUGACGGGCACCGUUUCCACUAGCCUUGCCGGAGCCGGAGGCCACAGUACAAGCGCCUCCCUGGCCACGCCCAUCACCACGUUGGGCACCAUCGCUACCCUCUCAAGCCAAGUGAUCAACCCCACUGCCAUCACCGUGUCGGCAGCUCAGACCACGCUGACGGCGGCCGGCGGGCUCAGCACCCCCACCAUCACCAUGCAGCCUGUCUCCCAGCCAACCCAGGUGACUCUCAUCACGGCACCCAGUGGUGUCGAGGCUCAGCCUGUGCACGACCUGCCUGUGUCCAUUCUAGCCUCACCUACUACAGAACAGCCCACGGCCACUGUCACUAUCGCCGACUCGGGUCAGGGAGAGGUACAGCCAGGCACCGUGACCCUGGUGUGCUCGAAUCCACCCUGCGAGACGCACGAGACGGGCACCACUAACACGGCCACCACCACUGUCGUAGCUAAUCUUGGGGGGCAGCCACAGCCCGCCCAUGUGCAGUUUGUCUGUGACAGACAGGAGGCAGCUGCUUCCCUUGUGACCUCGACGGUUGGGCCGCAGAACGGCAGCGUGGUCCGCGUCUGCUCCAACCCGCCAUGUGAGACGCAUGAGACAGGCACCACUAACACAGCCACCACUGCUACGUCCAACAUGGCCGGGCCACACAGCUGCUCCAACCCGCCCUGCGAGACGCAUGAGACAGGCACCACCAGCACCGCUACCACCGCCAUGUCCAGCAUCGGCGCCGGCCAGCAGCGGGACGUGCGGCGUGUCUGCAUGGCCAGCACCGCGCCCGCUGUGCUCCGGGUUGGUGUGGCUGCUGGGGCAUCAGAGGGAGCCCAGAUGUCUGUCAAGCCCUUGUGCCAAACCCGCCAGACCAGUGUGACCAGCGCCACCAUGACUGUGAUGGCCACCGGUGUGACCCCGUGCUCAGCUUUCGUGCAGCUGGCCCCUGUGAGCGGCCAGGUCCGAGCCAGCAUUCUCGGAGGCAAGGACAGUCCCAUGGCUGGCCUGAGUCCGCUGGUCUCCAUUGGCCGCCAGCUGGAGGCCCACCACACCCACACAACCAACACGCCUACCACGGUCCGCUCUGCCAUGGGGGCCGGGGAGCCUGGCGAGGCCCGGGGGACCCCCAUGCCCACAUACGAGAGUUCACCAGGCGCCACCGUGACUGUGCCAGCCCUGGAGGCGCUGCUGUGCCCUUCAGCCACCGUGACCCAAGUCUGCUCCAACCCGCCCUGCGAGACCCACGAGACGGGCACCACCAACACCGCCACUACCUCGAACGCAGGCAGCACCCAGCGGGUGUGCUCCAACCCGCCUUGCGAGACCCAUGAGACAGGCACCACGCACACACCCACCACGGCCACCUCCGGUGGGGGUGCGGGCCAGCCCGAGGGAGGGCAACAGCCCCCUGCCGGCCGCCCCUGCGAGACACACCAGACCACUUCCACUGGCACCACCAUGUCAGUCGGUGUGGGCGCCCUGCUCCCCGAUACCGUUCCCUCCCAUAGGACCCUAGAGUCCGGCUUGGAGGUGGCAGCACCGGCCACCGUCGCCGCUCAGGCUGCUGCUUCGUUGCUGGCUCCGUUCCCGACGCAGAGGGUUUGCUCCAACCCACCUUGUGAGACGCAUGAGACAGGCACCACGCACACGGCCACCACCGUCACCUCCAACAUGAGCUCGAACCAAGAUCCCCCACCAGCCGCCAGUGACCAGGGAGAGGUGGAGAGCACCCAGGGUGACAGUGUGAACAUCACCAGCUCCAGUGCUGUUACAACGACCGUGUCCUCCACCCUGACACGGGCUGUGACCACUGUAACACAGUCCACACCCGUCCCAGGCCCCUCGGUGCCGAAGAUCUCAUCAGUGACUGAGGCUACCCCAGGGGCUCUGACCACCGAAGUCCCCAUCCCGGCCACGAUAACAGUGACCAUAGCCAACACAGAAACUUCUGACAUGCCCUUCUCUGCUGUUGACAUCCUGCAGCCCCCAGAGGAACUCCAGGCCUCGCCAGGGCCUCGCCAGCAGCUGCCGCCACGGCAACUCCUGCAGCCCGCCUCUACACCCCUGCUGGGGGAGUCCGCCGAGGUCCUGUCAGCCUCCCAGACCCCUGAGCUCCAGGCCGCCGUGGAUCUGAGCAGUACAGGGGACCCAUCUCCGGGCCAGGAGCCUGCCAGCUCAGCCGUGGUGGCCACGGUGGUGGUCCAGCCGCCCCCACCCACACAGUCUGACGUAGACCAGUUGUCCCUCCCCCAAGAGCUGAUGGCCGAGGCCCAGGCGGGCACCACCACCCUCAUGGUGACGGGGCUCACCCCCGAGGAGCUGGCAGUCACUGCUGCAGCUGAAGCGGCUGCCCAGGCCGCAGCCACGGAGGAGGCCCAGGCCCUGGCUAUCCAGGCAGUGCUCCAGGCCGCGCAGCAGGCCGUCAUGGCAGGCACCGGGGAGCCCAUGGACACGUCCGAGGCGGCAGCGGCUGUGACGCAGGCGGAGCUGGGCCACCUGUCGGCCGAGGGCCAAGAGGGCCAGGCCGCCACCAUCCCCAUCGUGCUGACGCAGCAGGAGCUGGCGGCACUCGUGCAGCAGCAGCAACUACAGGAGGCGCAGGCGCAGCAGCAGCAGCACCUCCCCACUGAGGCCUUGGCCCCCGCCGACAGCCUCAACGACCCGGCCAUUGAGGGCAACUGCCUCAACGAGCUGGCCGCGGCCGUGCCUAGCACCGUGGCCCUGCUGCCCCCCACGGCCACCGAGAGCCUGGCUCCGUCCAACACGUUUGUGGCUCCACAGCCGGUGGUGGUGGCCAGCCCCGCCAAGCUGCAGGCCGCGGCCACCCUGACUGAAGUGGCCAAUGGCAUCGAGUCCCUGGGUGUGAAGCCGGACUUGCCACCUCCACCCAGCAAGGCGCCUGUGAAGAAGGAGAACCAGUGGUUUGAUGUGGGGGUCAUUAAGGGUACCAAUGUAAUGGUGACACACUAUUUCCUGCCACCAGAUGACGCUAUCCCUUCUGACGAUGACUCGGGCACUGUCCCCGACUACAACCAGCUGAAGAAGCAGGAACUGCAGCCGGGCACAGCCUAUAAGUUCCGCGUGGCCGGGAUCAAUGCCUGCGGCCGGGGACCCUUCAGCGAGAUCUCGGCCUUUAAGACGUGUCUGCCUGGUUUCCCGGGGGCCCCCUGUGCCAUUAAAAUCAGCAAAAGUCCAGAUGGUGCGCACCUGACGUGGGAGCCGCCGUCUGUGACCUCCGGCAAGAUCAUCGAGUACUCGGUGUACCUGGCCAUCCAGAGCUCGCAGGCCGGUGGUGAGCCCAAGAGUUCCACGCCGGCCCAGCUGGCCUUCAUGCGGGUGUACUGCGGGCCCAGCCCAUCCUGCCUGGUGCAGUCGUCCAGCCUCUCCAACGCCCACAUUGACUACACCACCAAGCCCGCCAUCAUCUUCCGCAUCGCCGCCCGCAAUGAGAAGGGCUACGGCCCAGCCACCCAAGUGAGGUGGUUGCAAGAAACCAGUAAAGACAGCUCUGGCGCCAAGCCAGCCAGCAAGCGGCCCAUGUCCUCUCCGGAAAUGAAAUCUGCUCCAAAGAAAUCUAAGGCAGAUGGUCAGUGAGAGGCAGCUCCCCUGCACCUGGACCCUUCGCCGGACCCCCCACCCUUCUGCUUCAGGAACGCCACCUGCCAGGGCCCCCCUGUCCUCCCCACCCGGCGCUCACACUUCACCCUCAGCAGCCACUGGCCGCCACUCAUUCUCUCCCUCUCUGUUUUUAAAAUAAUCGCAAGAAAGCACAUUGCACCGCUGCUGUGGGAGGAAGCAGAACGCGGAUCUGGAAGAGCAGUGAGCAAGUGAGACGCGUGCCCUCCUCCCCCUUCUUCCCGCUGGUACCAUCCUCCAGGAGCUGAGCAGGCCCCGCGUUCUGAGGCCCUCGAGGGAGCUAGACAGAGGCUUUGGACGAAGCAGAUGCGCCUUGGAGACCGGGACGCACGCGCCUCUGGCAGCUGGUCACCUUGGUUCCGAGGGGGCGGCCAAGGGCAGGAGGGGCUGUAGCAUGGAAGCAGAAGAGCGCCCCCCCCCGCCCCGCCCCCAAGCUCCCCUCCCCCCCGCCUCUGCUCCGAGAGGACUGGCGGGCACCUGAGUGCUAGAUGCCCACCUGGUUCCUUUUGCAUAUCCUGCCGCCGCUCGGCCCCGGGCUUCAGCUUCGUCCAACCCGUCUCAACGGCCUUCGUACUCCGACCCCUUGUCCCGUCCCUCUUCUUUCACGAUUAGAGAGCUAGGAAGUGAGAAGAAAGAGAAAAGGGGAAGAAUGAGCCCAUGGUGGCCCGAGCAGUGUUCUGUGCAAAUCUCCUGGCUCCCAGUGGGGCGUACAGUAGCCCCCACGGAGCCUGGCUUUGGCCCCUGGGUCGGGGCUAGGGGCCACACCACCAACUGCUGCAUUUGUUGUAUUUUUUUUAAGUUGGAAUUGAUGAAGUUGACAUUUUUAUUGUAAUUUUAGCCUUAGCGUGUGGGGUUUUGUCCCUUUUUUUGUUGUUGUUGUUGUUAGCUGUGUACAGUAUGUGUACCUUUUUUUUCUUUUUUUUUUUUUAACUUUUACUUUUUUUUCCUUGGCUAAAGCCUUGGCAGGGAUCUUUCUGGAAGAAAAGCUGGGGGCAGCUGGCACAGGAGAGGCGUGGAAUCUCCCCUGCGGGCCUGGUGUUGGCUGCCUGGCCUGAUUUCCUCUUGCCGGCCCCUGCUGUCUGCCCCCUUUAUUUGUCCCCAGGCCCCUGGGAUAGAGGAGGGCUGAGCUGUCAAACCUCACUCCCGUGGGUGAUCAAGCUGGAGAGUCUCUGUUGGAGUCUAAAGUCAGGUUUCUGCAGAGGAGCGGGUCCUGGGUUCACAGUGCUCUCAACGUCCCCUGCCCCCCAGCCCACUCCCAGCGACUCCCCACCCCACCCCCUGCCCCGCAGGCUCCCUCCUUGGCAAACUGGCUUAGAGUAUCUGCCACCGUCCCCUGCGGCCUCCUGCGGCCUCCUCCAGGCAGGGGCAUGUCAGAAGGAUUGGGGUGAGGGGAGGAGGGCAGCUUGGGCUGGGAAAGCGACUGUGUGGGGGCACCCAGGAGAGGCCAUAGAGAAGAUGCAGGAUGAUCGCACCAGUCACCUGUUCUGUGAAUCUGCAGGCCCAGGGCCAGACUCGGGGCGGGGGGUGGGGGUGGCGCGAGGGCUCUUAGUGUGGCUUUCUGCCCCACACCCGAGCUUUAGGCACUGAGCAAGGUUUAGCAGCAGGUCGUGCAGAAGGAUUUAUAGCGAGCAGCCUGUCUUUUCAGAUCCCCCCAUCUCUGGCCUGGAGAUGAGCUGCAGUGAGGGGCCCGGCCUCUGCAGACCCCUGCCACUGGCCCACACCUUCUGGGGCCUCUGGUUUGUUGUAUUAUAGUAUACUUCGCUGUGGAAAAUGUCACGUUUAGUCGGUCACCUUGGAGCCCACUCGCCUGGCCCUGUUGUUUUCCCUGUCCCUCCUCCUGAGUGCCCUUUGAUUUCUCUCGUUUCUGAGAACAGUAUGCCGUUCAUCUAUUGUAGAGUAACCCCUGUGACUCAAUAUUACCAUAGUGCGAUGUCGUUUUGUGCUAUUUUGAACAAUUAAAAGACUUUUUUUGAAAUAA